ACCAAACAACAAAUUUCCUUUUUUCUGUGAUCCCUUGUACUAUUGACCUUCCAGCCGCCGAUUAUUUUCCAGCUGCCGGCCAAAAUCCAUUCCUUCUUUCUUUUUCUCUUCUUCAUCCAACAUCCACCGAAAUCUACGCCGUCCUCUCAUUUGUGUGCAGCGUAAAAACCGUUGCCCUACAGACCGCCACGACAUCACCCCGCGCGUACCUUGCAUCUUCAAGCAACCCCUCAUCGGACAACCCUCGUCCGACCGCAGACCUCGACUGUCUGCCCGUAGAAGACCGCUUGGAACUCACAGCUUAAGACUGUAGAAACACUAGUGGAGGAACCGCCACAAUGGAUAAUUACCAAAAGCUGGAAAAGGUUGGAGAAGGCACAUAUGGUGUCGUUUACAAAGCCCGAGACUUGGCCAACGGUGGCCGCAUAGUCGCCCUCAAGAAGAUCCGCCUCGAAGCCGAAGAUGAAGGCGUUCCCAGCACUGCCAUCCGUGAGAUCUCGCUUCUCAAAGAAAUGAAGGAUCCCAACAUUCUCCGCCUCUUCAACAUUGUCCACGCCGACGGACAUAAGUUGUACCUUGUCUGCGAAUUCCUCGACCUCGAUUUGAAGAAGUACAUGGAGGCCCUGCCCGUUAGCGACGGCGGCCGUGGAAAGGCUCUUCCCGAGGGCUCGGCUCCUCACUUGGCCCAGCUUGGUCUCGGCGAGGCUGUUGUUAAGAAAUUUAUGCUGCAGCUCUGCGCGGGUAUCCGAUACUGCCACUCGCAUCGUGUUCUGCACCGUGACUUGAAGCCCCAGAACCUGCUCAUUUCCAAGGAAGGAAACCUGAAGCUGGCCGAUUUUGGUCUUGCUCGUGCUUUUGGUGUCCCUCUGCGCACAUAUACCCAUGAGGUUGUCACGCUGUGGUACCGUGCGCCUGAAAUUCUUCUUGGUGGCCGACAGUACUCGACGGGUGUUGAUAUGUGGUCUGCCGGCUGCAUCUUUGCUGAGAUGUGCACCCGCAAGCCCCUCUUCCCUGGUGACUCUGAAAUCGACGAGAUUUUCAAGAUCUUCCGCACACUCGGCACGCCAGGCGAAGACGUUUGGCCCGGCGUCACAUCUUACCCCGACUUCAAGGCAUCGUUCCCCAAGUGGAAGAGAGAUUACAGCAAGACUCUUGUCAACACACUGGAUGAUGCUGGCCUGGAGCUUUUGGAAAUGAUGCUGGUGUACGACCCUGCUGGCCGCAUCUCAGCCAAGGCCUCUUGCAACCACCCGUACUUUGAGGAUCUGCCCAUUGAGGAGGUGCGCGGUAACGGUAACGGCUACCACCACUAGAAGCGAGUGGCAGCCCCUACUGCGCUAGCCCCUGCUUAGGAGUGGAAGCGGUGAUUUUCUAAUGCUGGAUCCUACGUGGUAGUGAUACAAGAUGGCUUGGCAGUAUGGUGUUGGUAUGAAAUUUUACGAUCAGGCUCAGAUCGGAUUUGGAAAUCAACUAGAUGCCAGAUAUUCAUCGAUGCAAGUCGAUGGAAAUUGGAACGUCUGGUUGUCCGCCACAGCGAAUUUACAGUGCGGGAGAGAGUCCGGCCAUUGUGAAGCUGGUUCUUCCCUUUGUCAGUUUCUUCUUUGUUAGGUUUUGCAGCAUUUUCUUGUUGGUUCUGUCUUUUUUUCAAGGGACUCUGGAUUAUAGAAUGGUAAAUAUCAAUGAUGAUUAUGGUAAACC